CGGCUGUCUGAAUACUUUUGGGUUUAUAUAGAGAGGCGUGCAGGGGGGUCCUGGAGGAGUGGACAGCACAGGCUUCUUUAACUUCUCUCUGUCCGGACACACAGGGCUCCCUCUCAGCUUAACAUGCAGGAAGAAGCGCAAACUGUGCUCAUCUGAUUACAUAAUGACCCAGUAACAGUGAGCCAGAACCGGUACUGCCAGUACCAGUGUGCUGGGAGACACUGACUGACUGGUUAAUCCUCGCCCAGGCCUCUCGCCUGGUUUCAUGUUUUUUCUCUUUCUUCUUAGAAGCUUUAAUUUUUCUGAAUAUAGGAUGACAACGACGUAGAGGGACUGCAAAAGAAAACAAACAAUGUGAUGUCAAAGUGAGAGGUGGCGUAAAACAUGCUCGAGCUGUCAACAAGUGCGCGCCGCUCAAAACCGUGAAUUUUCUCAUCUUUUUUUCAGUCUUUUUCCUCCGAAGACAGAUCGAAUGCCGUCUGUCUUUUUCACAUGUCUGCUGGACAGUGAAAUUAAUUAAAGCUUCAGGUUUCAAAGCUGUGGUCCAAGUGAACUUCUGUUACAAGUCAGCAGGAAGCACCAGCCAUGACCUCAGCCACUCCCCCCUCCUCUGAAGGCUCCUCCCCUCAGAAAGUAUGCCACUCCCAGACACAGACUGACAUCACCAAACCCCUGCUGGGCUCCACAGGGGGCACUGGAGGUGCUGGUGCAGGUGGAGGAGCCACGGCAGCUGGAGGGCCCAAUGCCCUGCGGAGGAGGCGACGCGUCCUCUCCAAAGAUGGCCGAAGCAAUGUACGCAUCGAGCACAUAAGCGGGCGAGGGGCACUGUACCUCCGCGACCUCUGGACGACUUUCCUGGACAUGCAAUGGCGCUACAAGUUCUUCCUCUUCUCUGCCACUUUUGCUGGGACCUGGUUCGUGUUUGGAGUGCUUUGGUACCUGGUGGCCAUGGUGCAUGGAGAUCUACUGGAGUUCGACCCCCCCUCCAACCAUACUCCGUGUGUAAUGGAGGUGAAGACCCUGACGGGAGCCUUCCUCUUCUCUCUGGAGUCUCAGACCACAAUUGGAUACGGUUUCCGGUGCAUCACCGAGGAAUGUCCUGCUGCCAUUGUGCUGCUCAUCUUUCAGCUGGUCAUCACCAUGGUGAUGGAGAUCUUCAUCACCGGCACGUUCCUUGCGAAGGUCGCUCGUCCCAAGAAGAGAGGCGAGACAGUGAAGUUCAGUCAGCACGCGGUUGUGUCAAACCAUGAGGGUCGACCCUGCCUCAUGAUCCGAGUGGCCAACAUGCGCAAAAGCCUGCUGCUGGGAUGCCAGGUGACGGGGAAGUUGCUUCAGACGUCCCUGACAAAGGAGGGUGAGACGGUGCGGCUGGACCAGCGCAAUGUGCCUUUCCAGGUGGACACGUCAAGCGACAGCCCCUUCCUCAUCAUUCCUCUGACUUUCUACCACAUCAUUGACGACAACAGCCCCCUCAGGGCCUGGGCAGCAAAAGGCCUGCUCCAUCCUCCAGGUGGUGGCUGGACAGACCCGGAGCUGGCUGACUUUGAGCUGCUGGUGAUCAUGAGCGCCACAGUUGAGCCAACCUCUGCCACCUGUCAGGUUCGAACAUCCUACCUUCCGGAUGAGAUCCUCUGGGGCUAUGAGUUCCCCCCUGUUGUCUCCCUGUCUCCCUCAGGAAAAUAUGUGGCCGAUUUCGCCUUCUUUGACAAAGUGGCCAAAACCAAAACCCCACCCCUCUUCAAGCAGGCCCUGCCACCAAGCCCGCCAUCACGGGCGUCUCGUUACCACGGUGGCAAGGAGGCUGGGACAGACCCAGAGAAGAUGCGACUGGAGGAGAAUUACAGGGUGGAAGAGAAGGGGCGAGAAAGGGGGCGCAUCAGAGAUAGCAGCCCACUGAGUGUGCGUAUUAGUAAUGUGUGAGAGAAAAGAGAGAAACAGGAAGUGGUUACGGAAAGAAGAUGUGAAACAGAGGUAAGGUGAAGACAGGAAGGAAAAACAAACAAGCUGCUCAUAGUGUCAGAUGAAAACAUCUCACCCACUCGUACACAAAACACUCCGCCUACGCAUAUGAGAGGAACACCUGGGUGCCCUUUCACUUCACCCACCAACCGCGCACAGACACACUGCCGGUGUGUCACUGUCGGGAAUACACUGAGAAAAUCUGUGGGGAAAUCUGUGUCUAAAAACCCAGCAUGUACAAAUGUACAGCACAACAUCAAGUCAUCCAUAGAGACAUUUUCUACACUUCUGUUUUGGAAAGGACUUGUUUUAAUGCAACUGGAGGAUGCUCAAACACUGCAACAUAAUCUUCAUCUUAUCAGGUCAUUUCUGUCUGUGUUUUAUUCCCAGGGUUGUCGGAAUAACUUAAUCUGAUUCCAGUAGAAAUCAACUUGUUUCAAGAAUUUUCUAGAAAUUUGUAGGAUUUUUUGAACCAAGAAGGAAUAAGAAAAGUGGCCUUGAUUUCAGAAAAAUAAAAAAAAAGUUGAUUUCUAUUUCUGUUUUAAGAAAAUAAGAACUCAGCUACAGAAAAAUGUACUUGAUAGGAGGAUUUUUGCAGUGUGGUUGAACAUCUGACUGAAUCACUGUACUGUUUUUUCCCCGUUUUUAAAAAUGAACAAAAUACCUGCAAAAGCAGCCCGUUCUCAUUCCCAGGUCAUCAAAAUAUUAAUGCUUUGUCACACCCAUCGGUCAUGAGUGUAUUACUGAAUGAGCCUACCGGACCCAGGCCAAGGGGCCCCUAAGCUAGAGUCUCUGACAAAAAAUUAGCAACAGCAACUUCACAUAAAGGGCUUCUUCAUCAUGUCCAUAACAGAGCCUAAAAAAAGAAAACUAAAGAAAUAGCCUAAACAUUCACCUCUAAAAUGUCACAAGAAAGAAACAACAGCAUGCUGUACCUGCCCAAGAGAGGGUGAGGAAGCCUUUUACACCAGGUCCAGGGGCCCAUUGUGUCAUAAUCCGACCAUGCCCUCUGUGUCUUUUAAAUGCCAAAGGCGCCCUUUAGCGUCUUUAUGAGAUGCAGCGGGAUUCCAUCUAAUUCUAAUGUAAACCCAUCUGCUGCAGUAUUUGAUGCUGAGAGCAUCUGACACAGUGUACAGCGUGAGAAAGUCUCCGUCUGGUGUCAAGGAGGGUUGGUGGAUUGGUCAAACAAACACAGGACUUUGACCCAGGAGACCAAUUUGUGUCCUGUGUGAAACCAAAAGUCAACAAGGUUUAAAGUAACAUUACAUCAUUUUUGAUUGUCACGCACACGUGUUUACAUCAAGACAUGUUACGUACUUAUUUUAACCCUAAACAUAAUUUUAUUUCUCAACAUAUCCUCAAACAACGGUUUGUAUGAUUUCCUACAAAUAAGCUCCCCAAUAAUGAUGUUACGUGCUUAACAUAAAGUUACUGAACUAACGUAAAGUUAUGAAUGUUUAGGCUAGGCAAGUAAAGUUACUCUGCUUGAGUUUAGGAGAAGAAACUUGGUGUUGAUGUACCAUAAAAUGACUCAAAGUUCACACUGGUCUCCUGGGGAAAGUCCCAGGUGAAGUUCUGUGUUUGGUGACGCAUCCACCGCCAAAACCUGUCUCCUUACUGGCUUGCUCAGGACCGCUUUCUUCUUUACUCCCAUCAGCGCAUUGGUUGCUGAUCACAGCCAUCCAAUAUAUGUUGGUUUAACAGGUAUUACUGGCCAAUGAUUAUGUGAGAUACAUGCAAAUUUUGGUGCAUAAAUAUACACAUAGUGCACAAGAAAAGCCGGUGUUUAUAAACAAAAGUUUCAAAACAUUAACCAUGUGUUUCAGCUGGGCAUCACCUAGAGAUGCUAGAGGGUGCCCUGUGCGUCGCUAUCAGAUGCCAAGAGGCAUGACAAAGCGUUGGUAUUUGACAGCCGGGGAAUGGGAACAGGUUAGCAAAAGGUGGCGAAAAUACUGGAACCAUAUUAUUUUUUUAACGAAGGAUUUUAAAGGAAUGUAUCAUAUUUUAUGUACACAAUAGUUUCUAACAUCGUUACAUGUUGUACCUGAAAUAUUGUGCUCUGUCAUAUGAAUGUCUUUUCAUGUUUAUUGGGAUAAAUCUGUUUAGUGAUAUUACUAAAAGCACUUUAACUUGAAAGAAAAGUGGCAUUUCACACAAGGGAAAUAACUGAACUAACUCUGAAACCUAAUGCACUGUAAUAAAUGAUUAAAAUUUGGGUCAUGUUUGGGGUUUGUGAGCGUGCGAUAUUUGCUUGAAAAUGGGUAAUUCUGUGAGUGUUCGUACGAACCCUUUGGUGAGCUAUCCUAAAUUUUAUGUGAGUUAAUGUACCUCUGUACAGUGUAUAAAAUAUUUUUUCUUACAUUUUUCACAUCAGUAUGUCCUGACAUUUGAUACACAACUCCACAUUUUCCAUAUACCAUAUUGUCAAUGCAAAAAUGUAAGAGUGGGCCCAUCAUUUCACUGCUGUCAUUUUUCCAUCCAUUGGCUACGAAGGAGCCUGUGAAUUUGGCCAGUAUGUGCUAAUCAUCUGCCUUUUUGGAUCUGAAAAGAAUAUAUAUCUAGAUAAAAAUGUACCCCUUUUUAAAAUAUUUACAUGAAAAUGGUGACAGAUGAAUUAAAAAAUCAAAUUAAGGUACUCUUAUUUAAAUUUCUUGGCAACAAAAAUGAAUUUGAAUUUUUACAUAAAAAAAAUGUUUUCACUAAAUUUCAUUACUAGAAAUGUAAUCAGUUCUUAAAAUUAUUUUGUUUGAAUGGCCAAACAUUUUAUGAAAAAAAUAAAAAUAAAAAUCAGUAAUAUAUUAAUACGUUAUGAUCUGUGGAAAUUUGUGCUCUUGACAGAGAUUAAAUGCCACUAUUCAGAUGAAAUCCUCUGCUGCUUCAGACCAAGCCCAAUGAUAACAAUAUUUUUGAAAUGUGAAAAUAUUUCAGUAUCCAUGUGUGGUGAGGGGUUGUGCUUGUUUAUACUGUAAAGCCUACUGUAUACUGUAUAUGGAUCACUCACAUUGAUCUAACUUUUUCAGUAAGCACUUUUA